CUAGCGUGGGUAAUGAUAACUACGACAAAAUGAAAGCAUUCGUAAAGAAGUUCCUUCAGCCCGCAAACAUAGACUGUGGAGAGGUGAGAGUCGGUCUAAUGUCUUUCAGUACGCAAGUUACAAUUGAAUUCCACCUCAACACUUAUUAUACAAAGGCAGAGGUGGUUGACGCCAUUGACAAGGUUCCUUGGAGAUAUGGUAGCACCAACACUGCAGAUGGACUUAAAACAAUGCAUGAAGAAAUGUUCUCCAAAGCCAAUGGUGAUAGACCAGGUGUUCAAAAUAUAUGUAUUAUCAUGGCUGAUGGCACAUCCAAUAUCAAUGAACAAAGAACAAUUCCUGAGGCAAAAAAAGCCAGACAAAAGGGCAUACACAUUUAUGCCAUUGGUAUUGCACUUUGGGAUUUGAAUGAAGUAAUUGGUAUUGCAAGCCAGCCUGCUAGUUUGAAUGCAUUUGCAGUUAAUUCCUUUGAUGACCUAGAAGAUUUAGAUAAGAAGAUCUUUAAAUCUUACUGUUCAGCUAGUACAAAGGGUUUAAUGAAGUCUGGAAAGAAAUUAGUUAUAUUGGAUGGUGUGCUGAGGGAUGUUGAAGUCGGAGUGCGAGUUGAAAAUGACAGCGAUUCAGCAGCUUUGAUUUAA